ACCGAACCUCCGCACCGACCGAGGAGCCUACCGAGUGGCGCGGGCCAAUCAGCGGCGGCGACUCGCGGCCCCCGAACGUUGGGACACGGCCCCGCCCCGCGCUGUUGUUUGUGUGUCGGUGGCCGCGGGAGCCGGACCACAACACUAGUCCCGCGGGCGGCGGGGCGGCGAGGGUCCGGAGGCCGCGGGCGGCGGCGAGUGCGAUCCGAAGGCGGCAGGCCUCCCGCGGCCGCCGAGCCCGAUAGCGCGCCGCGCGAUCGGAGCUAUGUCGGUGAACAUGGAUGAGCUGCGGCACCAGGUCAUGAUCAACCAGUUCGUUCUGGCCGCUGGCUGCGCGGCCGACCAGGCGAAGCAGCUGCUGCAGGCGGCCCACUGGCAGUUCGAGACCGCCCUGAGCACGUUUUUCCAAGAAACCAACAUUCCCAACAGCCACCAUCACCACCAGAUGCAGAUGUGCACCCCCAGCAACACACCAGCCACGCCGCCCAACUUCCCCGACGCCCUGGCCAUGUUCUCCAAGCUGCGCGCCUCCGAGGGCCUGCAGACCGGCAACAGCCCCAUGACGGCCGUAGCCUGCUCCCCUCCUGCAAACUUCAGCCCUUUCUGGGCCUCGUCACCGCCCAGCCACCAGGCCGCCUGGAUCCCACCCUCCUCCCCAACGGCCCACAGCUUCCACCACCUCCACCACCCACAGCCCACGUGGCCCCCCGGACCACAGCAGGGGGGCACCCAGCAGAAAGCCAUGGCUGCAGUGGAUGGCCAGAGAUGAGACUGGAUGCUGCUGGGCGCUAGGCUGGAGCUGGGGGCAGUCCGGGGUCGUGGGGACACAGGAGGGCCGGGGUGGGGGGCUGGAGCGGGCGGGGGUUUCCUGAAGAUCGCACUGGAAGAUUUUAUAAAAGAAUUUUUGGGGGUGGGGGGUACAGUAAACCUCCUGAGCCACUUGGGUCCUUCAGGAGUUUCUCUUCAGGCAAGUUUUUUCUCUUUUUAAUAUAUAACUAUAAUAUAUAUGAAUAUAUAAAUAUAACUAAUGUAUGUGAGAAUGGGGCUGGCUGGCCUGGGUAUUGGGGUCAGAGGGAAAGGACCUGCGGUCAGCACCCCUUCCUGUGCCCCGUCCCCAUCCGAGGGCAGGUGCUUCAAAGCCAGGUGGCAAGAUGUUGCAGGCACCAGAUGUCUGCUAGCCACCUCCUUCCAAAGGCCAUGCCUUCUGGAAUGGGGAGGAGAGGACCCUCCCCCCAGCUCCACUCUAAGUAGGGGCUGCUGGAUGGGCUCCCAAAGAUGUGGGGGCCUCUUUGCCAUUACGAGGCAUCCCCACCCCCAGUUGGUGGCUGGGGUCAAAGGCCCAGGCUCUGCGUGGGGUUUGCCUCGAUGGCUUCCCUGUCCCCCGUAGGGUCCUGGCCAAGCUUGCCUUUGGAUUUAGUUCCCAAAUCAAUCAUCUCACCAGGGUAAAAUUUUAAUUUAAGAACUUAAAAAGAGACUUUUCUAACUUC